CAGUGAUAUCGCUGGUGUUCCUCUGCAAACAUAAUUUCUGAUCUGUUUGAAGUCUCUGCAUCGGUAUUAAUAAGCGCGGGUGUCAGAGAUGGACGGCAUUGGGAACAGCACACAGAAGAGGGCUGCUGAGCUGGAGCGCAUGGCCGAAGUCCUCGUUACAGGAGAACAGUUACGACUGCGACUCCAUGAGAGUAAGGUGAUUAAGGACAGAAGGCAUCAUCUCCGCACCUAUCCAAAUUGCUUUGUAGCUAAGGAGAUUCUUGAUUGGCUAAUUGAGCACAAAGAAGCCUCUGACAGAGAUACUGCCAUCACAAUCAUGCAGAAACUUUCUGACCAGAGCAUCAUUCACCAUGUUUGUGAUGAACACAAGGAGUUCAAAGAUAUGAAGCUGUUCUACCGUUUCAGGAAGGAUGACGGAACCUUUCCACUGGACAGUCAAGCCAAAGUUUUUAUGAGAGGUCAACGGAUAUAUGAGAAGUUGAUGAACACUGAAAACUGCACCCUGCUGCAAACGCGUGAAGAGGAGGGUGUGACGUAUGAGCGGACACUGGUGGCCUCAGAGUUCAUAGACUGGCUCCUGCAGGAAGGUGAAAUGCCCACCAGGGAGGAAGCCGAGCGGUUGGGACGCAGACUGCUGGAGCAUGCCAUCAUUCAGCAUGUUUCUAACAAGCACCACUUUGUGGAUGGCGGACUGCUUUACCAAUUCAGAAUGAAUUUCCGGCGGCGACGGCGACUGAUGGAGCUUUUGAACGAGCGUUGUCGCAGCAUACCGGAGAACCAGGACAGCCCUUUCUGUCUGCGCAAACAGGGCUCUGAGGGGGGAAACACCAGCUUCCUUUCAGUCAGUCCCACUAAAGAGAUAAAGGUGGUGUCAGCGGUACGGCGGAGCAGUAUGAGCAGUAGUUGUGGCAGCAGUGGUUACUAUAGCAGCAGCCCCACACUCAGCAGCAGCCCUCCAGUGCUCUGCAACCCCAAGUCUGUGCUGAAAAGACAAGUGAGCCCAGAGGAACUUCAGGCCCCUGGUGGACCUUACAUAAAGAAGACAUUCACAAUUGUGGGAGACGCAGUGGGCUGGGGAUUCGUGGUGAGAGGAAGUAAACCCUGCCACGUCCAGGCUGUGGAUCCCGGCGGACCUGCUGCAGCAGUGGGAAUGAAGGUGUGUCAGUUUGUGGUGGCAGUUAAUGGGAUGAAUGUGCUGAGUCUGGACUACAGAACUGUCAGCAACCUCAUCCUCACUGGUCCCAGAACAGUGGUCAUGGAGGUUAUGGAGGAAGGGGAAUACUGAAGACGAGCUCACAGACGCUCUUUAUGUUUUUCUGUUCUUCUCUUUCUCUGGACUUUCCUCAGUGAGUGUUUAAUGGAAUGUUCAGAGAAGUGAAAUCUUGAUUCCGUUCAUCAUUUUGAUUCAAAUUCAUUAGUUUAUAGAGCAUGACACUAAUCUGUGCCUCCCAUUGGGUCCUCAUUGACUGUUACCGGCCCAUGUCAGUUGAGACUUUAACUGGACGGAUUAUAUGGGAAAAGCAACUGCCAAAUAUCAUUUUUAGUAGAACUGCGUGCAGCAUUUAAAACACUCUUGGAAGAUAGGUUUGCAGAACCAAUGCCAAACUAAUAUAUGUGUGCCAUUCAGGUGAAAGCACAAUUCAGUGCUCUUUUUCGACUGUUUCUUCAUUCAGAGUUUAGGCUAUGACCUUUCGAGAGUAAAGGAUUACAACAUUG